UAUUUUACGAGAGAAAAAAUAUUGGAGAAAUAAAAAGGAAGCGCGUAUGAAUGAAACGAUUUUCAGUUUGAAGAACUUUCAAGCAACAUAGAAGACUCUCGUUAUAAAGUCGGCAGAAUGUUUCUAUUCACCGUGACCCUAUUUAUAUUUGCUGUAGGUGCGGGGCAAGCACGUAAUUGCUACUCUUGUUAUGAUUAUCCAAAUUUUGAUUACGAAGAAUGCUUCCAGGCAGAUUUUCCUUACAACAAUAGAACUUGCUACAACGAACAACAUCUGUGCUACGUUGCUACUGCAAAAGACGCCAACGGAAAUCUUGUUUACAUCGAUCGCGGAUGCUCCUCAUAUGAGGUGGGAGACUGUGUCCAAGCUACGAAUCAAACCGGACAUAAGUGGACACUAUGCACGAGAACUUGUAAAACAGACUUCUGCAAUACGGGUGACAACCAUGGAUUCUCCACCAGUGCCGAAACAAUUCUUGUCUCACUUUUCGCCUUAUUGGCGUUCUAUACCAAUAUGCUAUAGUUUAUUUUUGCUUUUCAUGAUCGUGUAAAGUGAUCGCUUCCAUAUAUAUUUUUCA